AUGUCACUCAUUACUCUGUUUUCCACUUGCAGGGAGGCUCUUGCAGCGAAGGAUGCGGCAGAGGAGCUCCCCGUCUUCGACAUGGUCGACGGUCUUAUACGGGCUCUUGAUCUGGUGUCUUUGCAUGCGCAGAUCAAGCGGACAACCAAUCACAUCGAGAGCUGCUACGUGGACUGCGGCGAUGACUUCGGCGGUGGAGCGAGCCAGUGGCUGUCACCUUUCCUGGAGCGCCAUGGCCCGGGGUGUAACCGCGAAGUGAAGGUGGAGGGAGUCGACAGCAACGGCCGACCAGCUUCUUUCACGUUCACUCUUCACGACGACCCCGUGGACUCAUACAGCGGCCCAGAGGACCACGACGGCUGCAUCCAGAUGUGCACCGAGUUCGCGGAGAGGAUCGUGGCGAACAUGGAGGGGAGGCUCGGUGACCUCGACUCGCUCUCUGGAGUCUGCCUGUUCAUUCCUGAUGCCUGGCCACAGAGCAAGUCGGAGCGGAAUGCUCGGUGCCAGGAAUGGUUGAACUCGCUGGUGACGAUGUUCAAGGGACAGCACCGCGAUGAGAUCUUACCAGGUACGUUUGGGGUAACUAGGAAUGUCAGGCCCAUAUGCUAG